AUGGGCAAACAAACAACCGAGAAAAACGAAAAGGCCGUCUCGCCGGCCGAUGUUGAUCCUUAUGAAGACGACGGCUGGCUUCACCUCGCUCCUCGUGACGGGAUCGGGGCUACGGUACCACGGAGCUCCGACGACGGCAAGCCGUCCAUCGCCGAGUCGGAUUUUGGCGACGACGAUGACGACCACGACCACGAUCACCAUGAAGACAUAGUUCCUGGGGGUGCUGCAGAGCCAGUACUGCUCUUCCCGGAUGAGUCCCCCGAGACCGAGACGAUCAAGGAGAACGCCGAGUCUGGUCCCUACGCCGAGCUGCUGACGGACGAGGAGACGCUGCAGCUCGACUUCGCCCCCACCGAUGCCAUCAAGUACCCAAAAUGUGUCAAGGCGGAGAAGUUGUCGGAAGACCAGCAGAAGCUCGUCGCCGUCAAUCGCUUCCUAAACUGUGACCUGAACCCAUUCUACGACGCCGGCAACAAUCUGGCGAUGAUGUUGGAGCCGGUCGACUGCAAGGAGGGCGAGGAUCCGAAACACCGCUCGAGCCCAAAAAUGCAGCACGGCUCCAAGGAGUCUGCCCCGGCGAGCAACCGCAGCCCCGAGCACUCGAUCGUCGACAAGCCCAAGCAGCUUGUCAAGAGCCUCAUGCAGGCCGUCAGCAAGAAGCCUUCCCUCGACAAGAGCAAAGAGCUGAGCAAGGACAGGACCCGGAAACUGCCCCGCGCAAAACUUGGCAACCGGCUCGACGUCCUCGAGGAACAGGAACGGGCCUUCGACGACAUGCCGACCGGCAAGGAGACGGCGAAGAGAAAAAAGAAAUCGACC